ACUGACAGCGAAUGACCGGUUAUUUUGAUUGUUAUAUUGUAUUGCUCUCUGUACGUUUUAUUGUUACAUAUCACCAGAUAUCAGUGGAACUCAGUUAUUUCGGUAUAGAACGAUCGUUAUUUAUAUUUCCAUCAUGUUUUUUGAUACAUCAGGUAGUGGUCAGGGCUUCUUUAAUAGCAACGAUGUGGAUUCUCCAUCAAAGAAGAAAUCUCAAGAGCCCCGUCGUGUGCAAAAUAUUGUGCCAGUAUGUGUAAGGCAAAUAAGAGAUUGCACAGAAGAGGAAUUUGAGUUGUUCGGAAUGAAAGUACAAAUUGUGAGAAUUAUUGGUAUACUGAGAGAAGUGAAUGUUACUUCAACGCAGGCUAGUUACACAGUGGAAGAUCACACUGGGUCAAUCAAUGGCAUACUAUGGCUUGAAACAGAUAAUGAUAAAUUACCAACUGUCUUGGAAGGUAGAUAUGUUCAAAUUUAUGGAACUUUGAGGUCUAUAAAUGGGGAGAAGUCUGUGAUGAUCUUUAACUUGUCUCAAGUUAAAAACAUAAAUAUGAUUACUACACAUCUGUUGGAGAUGAUUCACGUGCGAUUAGUUGCGGAGAAAAUGUCGAAGGAUGGCAAAGUGUUGCAAAUCCAAAAUAAUCCUGGAGCGGAAUUAGCGAAUUCCAUGAGUGUCAUGUUUGACGGUUCUUCAAGCACCACCAACAAGUUGACACGUAUCCAGCAGGCUGUUUACAGGAUCAUCAUGCCGGAUGAUGGCAGCGGCAGUAAACUAGGUGUUGGUAGACAAGACAUAUUAUCGAAAUUCCCGGAUCACGAAAGGAUGGAAGUCAAUAAUGCUAUUGAGUAUUUAUCUUCUGAAGGCCACAUUUUUUCAUCGAUUGAUGAGAACCACUUCCUUGCUACAGACGCAAUCAACAACUGAUAAUAUUUAAAUGUUUUAUUAUUCGUUUCUAUUCACUGUUUGUUAAGUACAGAUCACAUAACUGUUGUGUAUUUGUUUAUGUAAGGAUACUUAGGUUUAUUAAUAAUUAUAGUCAUUUGUUUA